AUGUAUGUAAGAAUAUCACAACUAUAUAGACCAAAUGUGAGGAAGAAAAGAACUCGAGUUAAUAUUUAUCUUAUUUGUGUUACUGCUUCAACAAUUUUAAGACGAAGUUGUCUUGCCAUGGAGAUUGAAAAUAGAUCUGCUAUGUUAAUUCUGAUAACAACAACUUGCCUUUCUCAUUUGAGGGAAUCGUCAUAUGUAGCUCAAGCUAAUGCGAUUGAGGAGGAGACACUUGUUACUGAUGUGAAAAUGUUGUUGCGUGAUUCCCACACCACUAAAGUUGCUAGAAUUGGGGAUUUAGAGUUAAAGUUUACUUUAGGAAUGACACUUCUUCUAAAUGAUGUCCUGCAUACUUUAGAAAUGAAGAAGAGUCAUAUUUGUAACUUUCUACUUAAUAAGAUUCCAUCUGAGCUCCCUUCUCUUCUUCCACAGCACUUGAUGUAUUUGAAUGAUGAUCACCUCAUGCUUGAGAAUGUUCAUGUUUUAUGCGAUUAUGGGAUUCCUCGUAGUAUAAUUGGUAAGAUGUAUAAGGUAGCGAAAGAUAUCUUUGGAUACGAUUAUGGGGUUCUGGCUUUGAAACUUCGUGGUUAUGAAAAUUUGGAUUUAAGCAAAACCAUGGUUAUAAAGCUGGUCGGUUGUUGUCCAUCACUUUUGGUUGUUGGUGUCGACACUAAUUUUGUUCAAGUUCUUGAAAUUUUGAAGAAAUUAAAGUUGAGAAAUGACUGGAUUGGAGGAUGCUUAUCCGGUAAAGGCACAUAUAAUUGGAGGAGAAUUCUUGAUACGCUGGAUUUCCUUGAGAAAGUGGGUUACAGUGAAGAUCAGUUGCUCGAUUUGCUUAAAACAAAUUCAGCGCUAGUGUUUGAAGGUUCGGGGAAGAAGAUUUAUAUAUUGUUUGGUCGGCUGGUUAAGUUGGGUCUCAAAAUGGAUGAAAUUUAUUCUUUAUUCAUACAAAACCCAAAACUAUUGUUGGAAAAUUUUGCCAAAAAUCUUUUGCAUGCAGUGUAUUUCCUGUUUUACAUUGGAAUGGCAGCAGAAGACGUAGCAAGCAUUGUGGCAAUACAUACAGAACUUAUGUUCUCAUGUUCUUUGAAAGGGCCAAAAACUGUUUGUAAAGAAUUGAAAGUUGGGAAAGAUGGUUUACGCCAAAUUAUAAAGGAAGACUCAUUGAACUUGUUCAGUUUAGCAUCUAAAUCGAAAGUCAAAGGAAAUGAGCUGGUAGGCUCCCAAGAUCGAAGAAAGCAUAUGGAGAAAACAGCAUUUUUGUUGAGAUUGAGGUAUGUCGAGAACUCGGAUGAGAUGAUGAAAGCUUUAAAACAGUUCAGAGGCAGAGCUGAUCAGUUACAGGAGAGGUUUGAUUACUUGGUUCAAGCUGGUUUGGACUUCAAUGUUGUGUCAAGCAUAAUUAAACAGGUUCCAAUGGUUCUUAAUCAGAGCAAAGAGGUAGUUGGGAAGAAGAUUGAUUGCUUAACAAACUGUUUAGAAUACCCACUUGAGUCUGUAGUGGCUUUUCCAGCAUACUUGUGUUAUGAUUUAGAGAGGAUUAAUCAUAGGUUUUCAAUGUAUGUGUGGCUAAGGGAGAGAGGUGUAGCAAAGCCCAUGUUAUCCUUGAGCACCCUUCUUGCAUGUUCAGAUGCACGGUUUGUAAAAUAUUUUGUAAAUGUUCAUCCGGAAGGCUCAGCCAUGUGGGAAAGCUUGAAGAAAUCGUCAACUACAAGCUAAGGCUAAUCUAUCCUCAUAUCAUAUAGAUGUGGUUCUAUUAGUCCAUUUUUGCACAUUUGUUUGCAAUUAACUUAAUUUUCUAAAUAAAUGAAAGUCUGUGUUC